AUAUUCUUCAUGAUUAUCUGCCUGAUCACUUAAAGAAGAUAGAGAGGUUUUUGAGAUUGAAAGAACCUGAACUGUCUGAUUUGAGAAAUUAUUCUGUCUCUCAACCGAUGAGUUCAACCUCCCAUCGUAGGAAGCGUCGGGUGGAAUCUCCUUUAUCAUUCAUUACCGCAAACACAAAGAUGACCACAAAAACCUCAAGCAUCUCAGCAUAUACUUCUCUUUCUCUCUUGAAGUUCUCUGAGAAGUACUUUGAAGAUUUCAGAGAAGCAGAUGCAUAUGCAUUCAAAGAGAAGCCUGUUACAGUUUCAGUAGUUUCAAUUCUUAAUAAUAAUAUCAGUGAUCUUAAAUGUGUCAGAGAGAAUUAUUCAUUUGUCAAUCUUGCUCUCUUAACUGAUGAUACACUGACUUCUGCCAGAUCAGAUCACUUCUAUAACACUCAUUCUGAACAGCUCAAGUGUCAAAUCUGUAAGAAACUGAGCAGUCAGAUUGUUUCAUCAAUACAGAAUGACCUCUCAAUAGCAUCAAACUUCUUUUUAGAAGUGAAAGAUCUCAAUGAAUCUCUGACU